CUCUAUCCCCACAUCCUCGACGUAUCUCACCCCCCGACCUUCUGUUCAUUCUGUUCUCUCUUGCUCUCUACUCUCUUUUCUCGAAUAUUAUAUACGUGAACGGGGACUGUAUUGAGCGCGUUAAGUCGAGCGACGGUCGCGUUUUACGCGCAGAAACUCUCCGAUAUAAAGAUCGUAGCGGCAUUUUUUACGAGUGCUUUGAUACAAGAAGCAGAUAGAUAGAUAGAAGGAUAGAUAGAUAAAUAAAUAUUAAAUAUAAAGGUACAAAUAAGGACACCUAUUCAGAUACUCGGCCGCUGAGCGGUCCAUCUCGUGUCUGAAUCAUAUGUGAUCUCUAAAUUAGUUUUAUAAUUAAAAUUAUUAAAAAUUAAAAAAAAAAAAAUAAUAAUUAGUAGUGAAUUAUUCUCUAAAUUUUAAUAUCUAAGUUUUUUGCACAGAAACAGUACAAAAAUGUCUACGAAAGGUAGCAUUAAAAAUGGUAAAGGAUCUUACGACUCGCUGGCUAUUAAUGCUGAUAAAAAGGACGAAGAUAAUGGAGAAAUUAAAUUGGAAGCUAAAAUGUCACUUCUCAAUGGAAUAACUGUUAUUGUUGGUUCAAUUAUUGGUUCUGGGAUAUUUGUCAGCCCAACUGGUGUUAUAAUGCACACAGGAAGUACUAAUGUCGCUCUUAUUGUUUGGACGGCAUCUGGAAUUUUUUCAAUGGUUGGAGCUUACUGCUACGCAGAAUUAGGAUGUAUGAUUAAAAAAUCUGGAGCAGACUACGCAUAUAUAAUGGAAACAUUUGGACCAUUUGCAGCAUUCAUCCGUCUUUGGGUUGAGUGUAUGAUUGUAAGACCUUGCAGUCAAGCAAUUGUUGCUCUAACAUUUAGUAUUUAUGUUCUUAAACCAUUCUUUCCGGACUGUUCACCUCCGGAAGAUGCUGCAAGAUUAUUAGCCGUUGUUUGUAUAUGUACGCUGGCAUUUGUAAAUUGCUGGGACGUUAAAUGGGCAACAAGAGUUCAAGAUGUUUUCACAUACGCAAAAUUGCUGGCUCUACUGGUAAUCAUAAGUGCUGGUGGAUAUCAACUUUGCAAAGGACACACCGAACACUUUAAUUUCGACGGGAGUAAAACCGAAGUAACCUCGAUAGCUCUGAGUUUUUAUUCUGGUUUAUUCGCUUACAAUGGCUGGAAUUACUUGAAUUUCAUAAUCGAGGAGCUCAAGGAUCCAGUUAAAAAUCUGCCCCGAGCUAUUGCAAUUUCUUGUACUCUCUGUACAAUUGUCUAUGUCUUAACGAACGUGGCGUUCUACACGACGUUGAGUCCCAAACAAGUACUCUCUAGUGAAGCUGUCGCCGUUACGUUUGCGAAUAAACUUUUUGGAGUGAUGGCCUGGACGAUACCGGUAUUCGUUGCCCUCUCGACAUUUGGCGCAGUCAACGGAAUACUAUUGACUUCAUCUCGGUUAUUUUAUGCGGGUGCUUGUGAAGGACAAAUGCCGGAAAUUCUUACGAUGAUACAGACUUCGAGAUUAACUCCUGCUCCAGCUGUCAUUUGCAUGGCACUCUUAUCGAUGUGUUAUUUAGCUUCAUCAAAUAUUAAUGCUCUGAUAAACUAUGUUGGAUUUGCAACUUGGUUGAGUAUAGGUGUAUCGGUAUUAUGUGUCCCCUGGCUGAGGUGGGCCCAACCAAACCUACCACGACCAAUAAAAGUAAAUUUGAUCUUUCCAAUAUUUUACAUCCUCGCGACACUAUUCGUGACUGUAGUUCCAAUGUACGCGAGUCCUGUUGAAACGGGAUAUGGUUGUCUAAUGAUAUUCUCCGCCGUACCUGUCUACCUGUUGUUUAUCUCCUGGAAAUCUAAACCUAAAUGCUUUACAAGUGCAGUUGGCGCAGUCACUCAAUACUUGCAGAAGACACUGAUAGUCGUUGGACCAAAGUCUCAGUAGGGACAACAAGAUUAAUGCAGAAGCUGAUGGUGGUCGUAGGUAAAUCUAAACCUGCUCAAGUGUAAAU